AUGGCCUCUGAAACUGGAAAAAAUCUGAAGUGCCCGGAAAAAGUCGACUGGCCACUAGUAGCGAGGCGAGAAAGAAAAAAAAAUGUAAACGGCGAAGUUAGCUCUCCUGAGAACGCUGCUUUCGACAUAAAGGUAAACCAGCCCAUAAAUGUGGCCGCAAUUGACUUCGGAACAACACAUUGCUCUCUCGCUUACAGCACGGCAGCUUCAGCCGACGAGACUAGCUCUUUGAGAUUAGAUGAUUAUCACGCUCGCGUCCCUACUGCAAUUUUAUUAAAAAAAGGAAAAGAAAGAAUAAAUUCUGAAGGCACUGUCGUUGGAAUAGAAUGCAGCGUAGAUUCAUUUGGAUAUGCAGCACAGAAUAAGUACCAAAGGCUCAAACGAGGUGAUAAUGGAAAAUUUCUUUAUUUUGAAAGGAUGAAAAUGAGGCUUCAGCAUGAGAAGAACGUUGAAAGGAGCAUGAAAAUUAAUUCAAUUAAUUUAAACAAUGACUCCACUGAAGUCAAUGAGUGGUAUUUAAUUGAAGUAAUUGCAUAUAUUCUCUGUUACAUAAAAGAUGAGUUUAUAAAAUGCAUCUCAAUGGCUGGUGCUGCUUUGACUGCCCAAGAUUUUGACUGGGUUAUCACUGUGCCAGCAAUUUGGCAAAACAAAGGAAAACAGAUGAUGAGAGAAGCUGGAUAUCUAGCCGCCAUUGUGGAGGUAUACUACAAUGGACCGACAGGCUAA